AUGUUUUGUUGGCGGCCCGGGGCGGACUGUGGGAGCCGGGAGCGGCCGGGCGGGCCCGGAGCCGCCCCUCGGGCCGGGAGCCCCGGGCAGAGCUCUGUGCUCGGGGGCCGGGCCGGGCAAAGGCUGAGGGAGAGCGGGGGAAGCGCUGGCACGGAGGCCCCGGGCUCGCCGUGCCCCCCUGGCCACGCAGCCGGGCUCGGGGCCGCCUCGCUCAGAGCCGGCCCCGGCUGCGGGGGUCCCCGGGGCUCCCUGGGCAGGGGGCGGCGGGGGCUGCCCGAGCUCUGUGCCCGGCGCUGGGCGCGGCUGCCGAGGCAGCGGAGGAUGCAGGGUCCCCCCGUGCUGGGGCUGGCUCUGCCCGGCCCAGGGGCUGCACUGUCAGCCCAGAGCCACCUGGGGAUCGCCCGGGACCGGCAGGGCUGGCAGGGAAACCGGCACUGGGGGGAGCAGAAACGGGCAAUGCCAGAGCUGGGGGUGCUCCAGAAGCCUGGACAUGUUGGCAGCAUGGACAGGGGGGAGCCAUGGAUACCCCAGGACUCUGAAACAGGGACCCAGGACAGUGCUGACCCCUGGAACGCCUGUGAUGCCAAAGUGGAUUUCUCAUUCCCAAGCCUUGGCUGGAUGGAGGAGGAGUCUGUGAGGAAGAGAAAGAUGGCCCGGGACACACAGGCAGACAAGGAGCUGAGGAUGGAGAUCAGGGAGGACAAAUCCUCACAACAGAAACUCAAGGAAGAGGCAGAUUUGAGCGGCUGCGCAGGGCAGAAAUCCAAGGCGGAGGAAAAGUCCCAGAGAUCCCACAGGAGGAGGGGCACCAAACCCAGCCCAGGUUGCUCUGAGGUGAAAGGCUGCACCCUGUGCCAGGAAGGUGGACAGAGCUUCAGCCAGAGCGUGGAGCUGGUGGCCCAUGAGCAGCCUCAUGAUGGAGAGAAGCCCUACAAGUGCUUAGAGUGUGGGAAGAGCUUCAGGCAGAGCAGCACCCUGAUCCAGCACCAGAUGAUCCACACCGGGGAAUGGGCCUAUGAGUGUGGGGAGUGUGGGAAGGGCUUGAGGUGCAGCUCUGAGCUCGUCACCCACCAACGCAUCCACACUGGGGAGAAGCCCUACGAGUGUCCCCAGUGUGGGAAGAGGUUUCACACCAGCUCCAGUCUCCUCAUACAUGAGCGGAUUCACACGGAUGAGAGGCCCUUCUUCUGCCCUGACUGCGGGAAGGGCUUCAAGUACAUCUCUCAUCUCGUCAGGCACCAGUGCAUCCACACUGGGGAGAGGCCCUAUGAGUGUCCCCAGUGUCUCCGGAGCUUCAGGCAGGGAUCGGAGCUGGUGGUCCAUAAGCAGCUUCAUGAUGGGGAGAAGCCCUACAAGUGCUUGGAGUGUGGGAAGAGCUUCAGACGGAGCAGCACCCUGACCUGCCAUCAGAUGAUCCACACUGGGGAAUGGGCCUACGAGUGUGGGGAGUGUGGGAAGAGCUUCAGCUACAGAUCCACCCUUGUGACCCACCAACGCAUCCACACCGCGGAGAGGCCCUAUGAGUGUCCUGAGUGUCAGAAGAGAUUUCAGACCCGCUCCAAUCUCCUCAGGCACCAAAGGAUUCACACCGAUGAGAGGCCCUUCCUCUGCCCUGACUGCGGGAAGGGCUUCAAGCAAAACUCCCACCUCAUCACCCACCGGCGCAUCCACACUGAUGAGAUGCCCUUCCUCUGCCCCGACUGUGGGAAGGGCUUCAAGCGCAAUUCCCACCUCGUCACCCACCGGCGCAUCCACACUGGGGAGAGGCCCUACAAGUGCUGCACGUGUCAGAAGAGGUUUCAGACCAGCUCAAAUCUCCGCCUGCAUGAGCGCAUUCAUACAGAGGAGAGGCACUUCUGCUGCCCUGACUGUGGGAAGGGCUUCAAGAACAACUUCACCCUCGUCAGGCACCAGCGCAUCCACACUGGGGAGAGGCCCUACGAGUGUCCCCAGUGUGGAGAGAGCUUUAGCCAGAGCUCAGAGCUGGUGGUCCAUGAGCAGCUUCAUGAUGGGGAGCAGCCCUACAAGUGCUUCGAGUGUGGGAAGAGCUUCAGGCAGAGCAGCAGCCUGAUCCACCACCAGAUGAUCCACACUGGGGAAUGGGCCUACGAGUGUGGGGAAUGUGGGAAGGGCUUCAGCUACACAUCCACCCUUGUGACCCACCAACGCAUCCACACUGGGGAGAGGCCCUAUGAGUGUCCUGAGUGCCAGAAGAGGUUUCGGAUCAGCUCAGAUCUCCUCAGACACCAGCGGAUACACACCGAUGAGAGGCCCUUCUGCUGCCCAGAUUGUGGGAAGGGCUUCAAGCGCAAUUCCCACCUCAUCACCCACCAGCGCAUCCACACUGGGGAGAGGCCCUACGAGUCCUUCCGCUGCCCCGACUGUGGGAAGGGCUUCAAGCAAAACUUCACCCUCGUAAGGCACCAGCGCAUCCACACUGGGGAGAGGCCGUAUGAGUGCGCCACGUGUGGGAAGGGAUUCACCCAGAGCUCUGACUUGACCAGACACCAACGGAAGCACCAGUAA